AUGAACAGACCAGGAGACACUGCCAUACAUCGUGCCUGUGCUUGCGGACACUCGUCUAUUGUUCAAGCUCUGAUGGCUGCUGGUGUGAACGUGAAGGAUAUCAGCCAUACUAAUUGUGACCGUUCCUCGUUGUUGACGAUUUGUGCGAAACGCCAGAACGUUUCAACUGUGCAUCCUUUACUUCAAGCUGGGACACGAAUCAAAGACAGGGAUAACCUUUACGAUAUCGACGAUAGCCCGCUUAUUCAGGCCACUAGACAAUCUCAAGUUGACAUCAUGCACAUCUUAGCAGUGGCUGGAGCCGACGUCAACUCCAAAAACACACUUGGCCAGUUCUCGCUGUCAACUGCAAUUCUUUACAAAAACAGUGACGCCGUUAAAUGUUUGCUAGCUCACAAAUCAGGACAUUAA